UGCCCCCCACCAUUCAAAAUGCCGUUUAAAGCAUUUGAUACCUUCAGAGAAAAAAUUCUGAAACCUGGGAAGGAAGGAGUGAAGAAUGCCGUGGGAGAUUCUCUGGGGAUCUUACAAAGAAAAAUCGAUGGGACCAAUGAAGAAGAAGAAGAUACCAUUGAGCUGAAUGAAGACGGAAGGCCGAUGCAGACACCCAGGCCACGCCUCCCAGUCUGUGACUGCGGCUGCUGUGGCAUCCCCAAGCGGUACAUCAUCGCCAUCAUGAGUGGCCUGGGAUUCUGUAUUUCCUUUGGCAUUCGGUGCAACCUUGGAGUGGCCAUUGUGGAAAUGGUCAACAACAGCACCGUCUAUGUGGAUGGGAAACCGGAAAUUCAGGUGGCACAGUUUAACUGGGACCCGGAGACAGUGGGCCUUAUCCAUGGAUCUUUCUUCUGGGGUUAUAUUGUGACACAAAUUCCCGGUGGCUUCAUUUCAAACAAGUUUGCCGCUAACAGGGUCUUCGGAGCUGCCAUCUUCUUGACAUCAACCCUGAACAUAUUCAUCCCUUCUGCAGCCAGGGUCCACUAUGGCUGUGUCAUGUGUGUGAGGAUAUUGCAGGGUCUGGUGGAGGGUGUGACCUACCCAGCUUGCCACGGGAUGUGGAGUAAGUGGGCGCCCCCCCUGGAGAGAAGCCGAUUGGCCACAACUUCUUUUUGUGGUUCCUAUGCUGGGGCAGUCGUCGCUAUGCCCCUGGCGGGAGUAUUGGUGCAGUACAUUGGCUGGGCUUCCGUCUUUUACAUUUACGGUAUGUUUGGGAUUAUUUGGUACAUGUUUUGGCUGCUGCAGGCGUAUGAGUGCCCAGCAGCUCACCCAACCAUAUCCAAUGCAGAAAAGACCUACAUCGAGACAAGCAUAGGAGAAGGGGCCAGCUUGGCCAGUCUGAGUAAAUUCAACACCCCGUGGAAACGGUUCUUCACAUCGCUGCCCGUCUACGCGAUCAUUGUGGCAAACUUCUGUAGAAGCUGGACCUUUUAUUUGCUCUUAAUAAGCCAGCCCGCCUACUUUGAAGAGGUCUUUGGGUUUGCAAUAAGUAAGGUGGGUCUGCUGUCAGCCGUCCCACACAUGGUGAUGACAAUUGUGGUACCUAUCGGAGGACAGCUGGCUGAUUAUUUAAGAAGCAGGAAGAUUUUAACCACAACCGCCGUCCGAAAGAUCAUGAACUGCGGAGGUUUUGGCAUGGAGGCAACCCUGCUUCUGGUGGUUGGCUUUUCCCACACCAAAGGAGUGGCUAUCUCCUUCCUGGUCCUCGCUGUAGGCUUUAGUGGCUUUGCUAUUUCAGGUUUUAAUGUCAACCACCUGGACAUUGCUCCACGCUAUGCCAGCAUUCUCAUGGGGAUUUCGAACGGAGUGGGGACCCUGUCUGGAAUGGUUUGCCCCCUCAUUGUCGGAGCCAUGACCAAGCACAAGACCCGCGAGGAGUGGCAAAACGUGUUCCUCAUAGCCGCCCUGGUCCACUACAGCGGUGUCAUCUUCUACGGGGUCUUCGCUUCUGGGGAGAAACAGGACUGGGCUGACCCAGAGAGUCUUUCUGAGGAGAAAUGUGGAAUCAUUGACCAAGACGAAUUAGCCGAGGAGACAGAACUCAACCACGAGGCUAGUGCUAGUCCCAGAAAGAAGAUGUCUUACGGCGCCACCACUCAGAAUUGCGAGGUCCCGAGGAGCGGCUGGAGACAGCAGAGGGAAGCGGCCUUCGAUGCCUUCGAGGGGGAAGAGGCAUUGUCCUACCAGAACGAGGAAGGCAGCUUCUCAGAAACAUCCUAACGCCCACCUUCUCUUCAGCUUACAACCGGAAAUAGUCCAUUCCCAUUGCCUUUCCCAUACCUCGGCUUGCCAGGGGGCCAAAUCAUGGGACACUGGAGGUAGCUGGAGGAGGAGAUUAAGUCAACAGCAGAGAACAGAGAAACACCUUCUUCCAGAGAUAGGAACGUAACUAUUGCUCUCAGUUGAUAAAACAAUUGGUUGUAUUUUUUGCAGGGUCGGGUAAUUGAGGUGGAUGCUGGCUGUUGCGCCUUCUCUCGAAGAACUAGUUACUCAGAAAGAAAUGGCUAGGAGUCUAAGGAGUAGUUUGCUGCUCAAAUAAACAUUGAAAUAAAUCCCUCUUUGGCCUAGGGAAGAGUACAUGGUGUUCCCCCAUCUCCUAAGAUACCCGUACAGAGGAAAGUUUCCUCAACUCGACGAAGGGAACCACUCACCCGGAGGCCCUCUGUUGUGCCAGGUGCUUUAUGGACAUGAACAUAUUUAUUUGACCCUCCCCCCCAUCCUAUUACAUAUAGAUAUCGCACCCAUUUUACAGCUAGGGACACUGAAGGAACAGAGUGACCCACCCAAGGUCAUCUUCUUGGGGCCAAGACUGACACUGGCAGAUUAUGGAGUUUUAGGAAGAGGGGUCCAGCUCAGCGUGGGGACUUUUUCCAUAACAAAACCUGAGUCAGCUGUUUUCUGGGUAAUUCCAUGUUUGGUCAAGGGUGUGUGUGUAUAGACUAAUGUGGCAGCAUGAACUCAAACUUAUGAAAUUCUGGACUCAAAAUUCUUAAGGUCCUGUAUUACCUGAUGAACCAAAGAAUUUGGUGAACAAGAGCUUUUUUUUCUUUAAAAGCUACCGACUAGUUAAAAAAAAUAAUAAAUAAAAUAAAGCUAAGCAAGCUAGCUGAAUUUCCAGAAAUGAUUUAAAAGAAGUAUACAAAGAGUUGGCUAUUAAAUUAAAACCCUCUACAGUAUCAAAAUGUGGUUAAAUAAUGUCCCGAGUUAAAUAUGACCCCAUAAAACAUUUAAUAAUCUAAGAACUAGACUCAGGAGAGUUUUAGCCACUUGUCUCUUGAAAAAGGUCUUAUUUAAACAAAAGUGUGUCACCAGCUUUCUCUGCCUGUGGGUAUAAUAGGAAGUGUGGCCAGAUGAUAUGAAAUUAUGCUCAAAAUAUUCAGAAUGUCUGUACUUAGAAUGUUCAUUAAAAAUAAAAAGAUACGGUAGUUUCGUAGAGAAAUACUACAGUCAGAAUGUCUGUACAAGCAGGCCUGUACCUGGUGUGGAAAAAACUCAUCUGCAAUCAAUCGUAUUAGGCAAUGGAAUGGGUACUCCCACACAUAAUUAAAACUGCAGUGUUGGCUUGUAAGAGGCUAUUAGAAAAUAAAAUGAUUUUCCUGCUCCUUGGUUUUAAAAAUUGUUGAUAUUUU